GUCGCCAUCAACGUCGGUCGCUUCAGCUGAGCUGAGUGGGAAAAGCGUUAAACGCGUGUGAAAAGCGAAACACGCGAGUGCGAAACUACGAGACAAAAAUUGAUACAAGAAAAGCCAGAAUAAAAAGCCGCAAGCAAACAGGCAGCUGGCAAUUGGCAACUGGCGAAGUUGGCGCGUUUUUAUGACGACUUUUAACUUGGAUGAAAAUGGCUAAUAAUUUCGCAUCCGUAACCUUGCAACCCCUCGCGUCGCUGCCGUAGAGAUCUCUCUCCGUAUUCGUAUCCGUGGCCGUAUCCGUAGUGUGUCAUCCGUAUUCCGUAGUCCGUAUUCCGCAUUUUGGUAUUGUUGUUGUUGGCUUGUGACCGAGGGCAAGUGAAAUCACAAAAUUUAGCUAAUGAAUAAAAGUAAAACUGUGCAAAAACUUUUCUCGCAACAACAAAAGCCAAAGCCAAACGUUAAAGCAAAAGUUACUAAGGGGUAGUACAAAAAGUUCCACCUCGUUCAUAGCCCUUGAGCUGCUACAAAGGCAGCGGGUUCUCCAUCCUCCUGUUGCUGCCGUGCAACAGCAGCAGCAACAACAACAGAAGCAGCAGCAACAGCCGCAGCAGCUAAAUGACUAACUUCAGCUUUAGCUGGUUGUUAACCGCGCUCCUUGCGCUCCUUUGGAUGCCAGAUGUUGCCAACGCCCGCAUCGGCUACUUCUGGCACAUCAGCGACCUGCAUCUGGACACUUUGUACUCCACGCAGGGCGACGUCUACAGAAGCUGCUGGCAGCUGUCGCGUCCCGGGGCUUCAACAGCUCCACAGUCCAUGGAGUCGCCGGGUCCCUUUGGCAACUACAACUGCGACAGUCCCUGGAGUCUGGUGGAAUCGGCAGUCAAAACCAUGAAGGCCAAACAAGGCGACAACGUGGAGUUUGUGCUCUGGACAGGCGAUGCUCUAUCUCACUCAGCUCAACCAUUGUCCGAGCAGAAGCAACACGAAAUUCUACGCAACAUCACCGAGUUGCUGGGACGCAGUUUCUCGGCUCCGUUCAUCUUCCCGGUGCUGGGCCACGAGGAUGGCAGCAGCAGCAACAGCCAGCAGAAGUACAAGCAGAUGGGUGAACUCUGGCGCCAUUGGCUGCCCACUGAGGCACUCAACACCUUCGAACAAGGCGGAUAUUACUCCAUCGAACAGACAAAGAGUCGCCUGCGCAUCGUUGCCCUCAACACCAACUUUAUGCGGUUCGAUCACGAGCCAGAGCCAAGGAUGUCGCACAGUCUGCGGUGGCAUAACGAAUACUAUGGCGAACCCAAUGCUGCGAGCAGCACCAUGUCUGCUCAGGAUCAGCUGCUGGCUGAGCAGCAGUGGCUCUGGUUGGACGAGGUGCUCAGCAAGGCGAAGCAGAAGCAGGAGACGGUCUACAUUGUGGGUCACAUGCCUCCUGGCGUGGACGAGCGUCAGCUGGGACCUCAGCACAGUGGCCAGCUGAUAUUUACGGAGCGGAACAACAAACGCUACUUGGACACGGUGAGGAAGUACGCCUCGGUGAUACAGGGACAAUUCUUUGGCCAUCUGCACUCGGACACCUUUCGACUCAUCUACGAUGAGCAAGGCACGCCCAUCUCAUGGCUGAUGAUAGCGCCUUCGGUGGUCCCUCGAAAGGAGGGCAUUGGAGGCUCCAACAAUCCAGCGCUGCGUCUCUACAAAUUCGACACGGGCAGCGGCCAAGUGCUAGACUAUACGCAGUACUGGUUGGACUUGCCUCUAGCAAAUCGAGCUCAUGAACCUCUCUGGCAGCCGGAAUACAAUCUGACGCACUAUUAUGGGUUGGCCGACAUCUCGGCCAUAGCGCUGCACAACUUUGCCGAGCGUUUCACCGGCAAAGAUGCCUCGUGGUUUACAAGAUAUCAACGUGCCAAUGCCGUGAGAUUUCAAUCGAAUGCCGCCUGUCAGGGUCUCUGCAUGCUCAAUCAUUAUUGCGCCAUCACGCGCCUGGACUACGACGAGUUCCGGCUGUGUCUCGAGUCCGAGCAAUUGCCACUGCAAGGACAUGCCGCUGGCACCUUAAUGCUCAGCAGCAGCUGUGCUCUGGCCUCGCUGCUGCUGCUGUUGGCGUUUAGCUUCCUCAGCAGCUGCUGCAGAGAACAGACGUCGACGUCGACGUCAAAAGCAAACCUGGUCAUGUCCAGCAGCCAUUUAGCGAAUUUAUAAGGUGUCUCUCUCUCUCGAAGGUGGACUGAGGGAGACGCUUUGAAGCCCCAUCUCAAGCUGCUUGCAGGCGCACUCUUCCUAACAACUAGCUAAAAUAAAUCAAAUUAAAUAUCAAAAAUCAAAAAGCAAAAAAUACAGGCAUAAAUAAUACAACAAGAAUGAAAAACGAAAAUAAAUCGCGCUAUUUUAAUCUCAAAUGCUGUACGUGUAUGUGUCUGUGUAUCCUCUGUCUGUGUUGCUAAGCGAAUGUGUGUGCGAGUGUGUGUGUACGAGUGUGUGUGUAUGCAAGUGUGUGUGUGCGCCUGCCUGCGAGCCAUAUCAUAUGUGUGUGUGAUAAACUUUGUCUAUUAUUACAAUUAUUAUUACACUUACGAGUAUUACGAUGAUUAUUAUUAUUAUUAUGAUUAUUAUUACGAUUAUAAAUGUAUAUGAAUAUGAAAAUAAACGAGAAAUUUUUAAUGUUA